UAUACAUAAUUGGAAUACAUUUACCCGUCCCGGAUGCCGUACUAAACGCGGAAAGGGUGUGGCUUUGAAUUAUGUUAGCAAAGUUCGUUAGCUAAACCCAGCGACUUGUAAACAUAAUCACAAAAACAUGUUCCCCCAAGAAAAAAUAGCUUCUGUAUCAAAGUAGAGGAUAGUGGCGGGGAUGUGGCUACGUUAUGGGAAACGUUUUUGGGAGAAAGAGUCGCCCUUCUCGAGUUACAGAACAAGACCGAGCGAUUCUGCAACUGAAACAGCAGAGAGAUAAACUGAAGCACUACCAGAAGCGAGUCACCCUGCAGCUGGAGAAGGAGAGGAAUCUGGCCAAGCAGCUGCUGAAGGAUGGAAAGAAAGAAAAGGCACUGAUUCUUCUCAAGAAGAAGCGUUAUCAGGAUCAGCUGCUAGACAAGACUGAGAACCAGAUAUCAAACCUGGAACGCAUGGUUCAAGACAUUGAGUUUGUCCAGAUCGAGAUGAAAGUCAUUGAGGGGCUGAAGGUUGGAAAUGACUGUCUGAAGAGUAUGCAUGAGGCCAUGUCACUAGAGGAUGUGGAGAGAAUCAUGGAUGAGACCCAGGAUGCUGUAGAGUACCAGAGGCAAAUAGAUGAGAUGCUGUCAGGCUCCCUGACUCAGGAGGAUGAGGAUGCUGUGUUAUCUGAACUGGAGGCUAUCACUCAGGGAGAAGAUGUAGAACUUCCAGAGGUCCCCACUGAGCCUCUACCAGAGGUCCCAGAACCAGCUGAGACAGAGCCAGCGAGAAGACUAGCAAAGAAUAAGGAGAACAGAGAGAUGCUGGCAGCGUAGACAAGACUCAACAAGAACAAUAACAACAGUAGCUGUGGAUGGAGCUAGUCCAACUGACUCAACAACAACAGUAGCUGUGGAUGGAGCUAGUCCAACUGACUCAACAACAACAAUAACAACAGUAGCUGUGGAUGGAGCUAGUCCAACUGACUCAACAAUAACAACAGUAGCUGUGGAUGGAGCUAGUCCAACUGACUCAACAACAACAGUAGCUGUGGAUGGAGCUAGUCCAACUGACUCAACAACAACAAUAACAACAGUAGCUGUGGAUGGAGCUAGUCCAACUGACUCAACAA